GACGUGUACUUCAACAUAGCCUCAAUCAUUUUUGGAGAAUCGUUUUUCAAGCGUUUAUUCGGUUGCUGAGUGUUUUUUUUUAUCUGGUAAUAUAACAGAAACAAAUCAAGUAGACAUUGCACGUAUUACCUUCAAAUAUUUGUGGUGUGAGUGUAGUUUGCAGUUGAUGUUUGUAAGACAACGCAAUAAUGAACGAUAAUCCAGAGGAUCCUCGGAUGAACCCUUCUCUUUCAGACAACCAGGACGAUGGAAAUCUGCGUUGUGAAUCUCCAAAACGUGGCACCACCCUUUCAACGAGUACAAGCAGCUUCGAAGCCCUAGACCCCCACGAUCCCAACUUGAGUCGCCUGGCUAAUGCUAUGUUCCAGAAAACUGGAGAAUACCUCCAGGAAGAAUUGACAGCGACACAUGCUGACUACCGCCUCCUGGAGCGAUUGAACAAAGAGGCCAUAGCCAAAUACGCGGAACUAAAGACAAUAUCGUGUAACGUAUCCCAAUCCCUGGACACGUUGAAUCAAAAAUACAAGAAACUCCAGCCAGUGCUGGAGAACAUCAAUCAGAUCGACGACAGUGUCGCCAAGUUAGAGCAGGCCGCGUACAAAUUGGCUGCCUAUUCCAAAAGAUUAGAGGCCAAGUUCAAAGAUCUCGAAAAAGAAAACAAAAAUAAAUGAAAAUGAAAGAUUUGUUUCGAUCUUUGUCAUUCCUCACUGGUUUAAUUCGAAUAUGAGGGAGGCAGAGCAAAAUUGACUCCCUCAAUUCUUCGAUUGCUACAGAUUAUAAGACAUUAUUUCUGGGCCUUACUCCCAUUUUGCUACUUCUAUUGUUCAUGUUUAUAAAUGUGGAAUCAUUGUGUAAAUACGUGCAUUGGGAAUUCGUAUUGAUUUGUAAUGUACGUUUCACUCAUAUUUGAGAAUUUAUUUAAAUUAUUGUAAUUUAGGUUUGAUGAUUUAGAUUUGUCUGUAAAUAAAAUCUAGAGAAAUGAAGAAGUUUUUAUUUAUCUAAUUUUAUUGGUUUUAUGAGUGUUGUAAUGAAUUAGAAACUGUUCGAAUAUCUUGAGAGAGAAUAGAAAUGGAGGAAAUUAGAUAGAGGGAGAGAAGUGAUUUAUUUCGAAGAAUAUGACAAAUCUUUUGUUUUCUUAUUUUCUUUCAACUUUUUAUUUGUUUCCUUUCAUCAAUUCUCACCCUAUGAAGUCACCCGAAUAUUUCUGUAUCCUUCUGAAUGCAGAAUUUUAGUUCUUGCUUUCUUGUCACUGCGCUGAUGAUUGAUGAAGGAGUACAAUUCUACUAAUUAAA